AUGAGGACCAUGAGGAAAGGCACUCCGCUGCUCACUCUCGAAGAGUCAAUUCUCAUCGACAAGCCACAGAAGAUCUUUCACAAGCGCAGUCCACCAACAUGCUGCCUAGGCAGCACAAGCGAGAAGGUCGACCCUUACAGACCAACGAGGAGGUCAAUCAGCGUCGCCCAAAUCGCGGAGGUCGCCAACGAGACCAACCAACAAUGUGUGCGGAAGACAUGGAGAAGCUUGUGA